GUUUUGGGCUGUCUUCUUAGCUAAUUAUUUACAUACAUACAUACUUGUUGUAGUGUCAUUUAUGCAAAGUAUCGUCAGACCGGCCUGACCCGUGUGAACCAACUCGAUUAUGCCAACUCUGUCGAGCCUCAUUACCGACAUAGAUCUUCGUGAUGCUGUCCCCUCAACUUCACCUACUCAAAACUCAUUCCAUGUAUUUUCGUCCACUCCGGUGGACCUCUCUAUCCUGCGGAAGGUUCAGGAUCAAACGCUCGCUAUCAGAGAAGCAUUAGAGGCUUACACCAGGUUCAAUCCUGACCAACGACUCGUCUCUCUACUUCAAGAGCUCGCUACGCACUCCAAUGCUGAAGUCAGCGGAAGGAAUGACACUGUUGCGCGUGUUAAGGCGCUUGGGAGAAAACGAAGGCCUUCUCUUUAUGGAGAAGAUAUUCCAUCUGAACGCGCCUACAUGCCGGACUAUAUCAUUUCAAGCAUAGAAACAUCCGUCGCUACCGCUGGUUUGGACGUGUACACCGAUGAACAGGGCGACACUACGACGUUUCUCUGUGGUGGAAAGAUUCUGGUGCUUGAUUUCACGCUUCAAAGGCAUACGGACGAGAAAGCGCCGCUCACCGUCUCAUUGAUGUCUUUGAAAAUUUUACAUGCUUCACAAAGCGGAGAGGAGGCUAACAAUAAUUCCAACAAUAAUUCUCUACCUUCCGAUAAACACCUUUCGGAGUUACUGGAAACGAUCGUACAAUCAUUCAUCACUGAAGCUCAUCAGGAGCAUCCUGAUCGCAUUCAUGUUGGUUCGUUGUUAGACGAGUUCAACAAACAUUUGAGAUACCUCUCUCAAGUCGAUGGGAUGGCAUCAGAGGCACCUGAAGGGACGCGGUGGUUGCGGGAGAUCGGCCUCACGAGUAUUGACGCCGAAUCGUUGAUGGACCAAGAAGCCAAGCGUGUUGCAACCGAUUUAUCCGUGACGCAAGCGCCAGUUGAUAUCUUGUUACAACGCGGUCAUCCCAUUCCACUCCCAUUCCUAGUAACUCCCACCAUAUCUUUCCUGACUCACAUUACUCCCCGCUUAUAUCUUACUCUACUGAGAAAGCAGCAGAACUUACAAACCAAUACGGAAGCAGGAAAGAGCACGUUGGAUGUCCCGCUGGAUGGUCUACGAGGCUACUUUAGUUCUCAGUUACGGACCUCUGACGCAUUGAACGAAUUUUCGAUAGCGACGCUUCGCUUCGAAGAUGGGACACCUACAUUUCUACAAAGUCUAGACCCGGGAUAUCGUCCCCUUCCGUCCUACCCUCUUCUUUGGACCCAACCUGAUGGCAGUGGAGGCGACACGAUGGAGAUGGAGAUGAGUGAUAUAGAACGUACAAUACUUAAUCAUACGUUCCCUUCUUGCCCUGGGAAAUCAUGGUUUUUGGAUUUCACGCACACUCCACCCAAAUCCAGUACGAGAGGUGAAAACCGUUCCAGUACUGAGGGCGCAUGGUUGACGAAGGUUGCUAUGCGCCGUGUUGGAGCUGUGGUUGGGAUGGCAUCGAGUUCGUUCGGUAUGCCACCUAAUGAGAGUGACGGUGGGUUAUUCAACCCCACUAAGACAAUGCAAGGGACGGGUUGGUUCGAUCGCUUGGUACAACCCGAUUCCGAUCUCGUUAUUCCCUUUGUACAAUAUCACGCCAAUAUUACAUCGCCAUCACAAGAACACCCUCCUGUUCAGUUCUCAAUGCUCACGCCACAAGAAGCCGGUAUAUCUCUCGGGCGUGUGCCUGUGACUUCACUGAGAGAAGUUCAUGCAAUCCUUGAGAUUGUCCGUGAGGGAUUCUGGCUGAGCACUUUUCUACGUACGGCGCAUUGGACACCAGAAUCAUCCGAGCAGAGCGGUUUCUACGGAGUUGCGACCAAAGGCUUGGACCCGGAGGAAGACAUCGACCUCGAUGCAUUGUUGAACGGUUUCGCAAUGCCAAAUCACGUCUCGUGCACCAUCGACAUCAAUCUGAAUUCGUAUCCAUGUUGCGUCAUCUUCACAUUCCCUCUUCCAUUGCUAACAUCCCCGAUAUGUACAUGUACGGUUUCCCCCGACGUCUUUGCACCCCGAGGCGUACGUGUACAGCUGAGAGCGGAUUCCUCGGCCUAUCUUCCACUGGAAACAGUUGCAAGUGAGGCAGAAGAAUUCGUCAGGCGUGGUGGUGGUCUUAAUGUCGUUCCCUGGGUUUGGAAACGGUUGAGGGCGUGGCAGCAAACUUUGAUAUCGUGAAAAAAAAACGGUUUGAUCUGAACAAACUUAGCAGUUUCAAUUUCAUGGAGGAUAUUGUAAGGACUGGACUGGGAAAAAAAUAGGCAGCAAAGGAACUCGAAAAGGGGUCGGGGCAGUAUCGUCUCCUGCGAAUUUGAUUUCUAAUUCG